GCAGGUCAAGUGAAAUGCAGAGAAAUUGUCUGUGAUGAACCAAAAUGUGAACACCCUUACACAUCCUCAGAGGAAUGCUGCCCUCAGUGUAAACACUGCUUGUACAGAAAUAAAGUGUACCGAGAUGGAGAAGAAUUCACACCACAUCCCUGCUCAACCUGCACUUGUGCCAGAGGCAGUGUUGUGUGUGCCUCCCUUCAGUGUGACAGGGCUGACUGUGAAAAUCCUGUCACUCUGCAGGGUCACUGUUGUCCAUCAUGUGGCCUUGAAUGCCAGUAUGAAGGUAACAAAUAUGAAGAUGGAAGCAGUUUCAAUCCCGAAUAUGACCCUUGUCUCAACUGCUCCUGUUCAAACUCAAUUGUCAGAUGUAAACCAGUCAGAUGUGAAACAGAAAAUCUACCCUGCCGCAGACCUAUUCGCAAAGCAGGAGAAUGCUGCCCUUCAUUUUGUCCUUCUUGUGAGGAUCAGGGAGUUGAACAUUUUGAGGGUGAAUCAUGGCCGUCACACAAUUCUCCAUGCGAAAGGUGUGAGUGCCAGGGAGGAAAAGUUAUUUGCCUCCCAAUAACAGACUGUACAGAAAAGUGUACUCAUGGAAUUAUCAGGCCUAAUGAAUGUUGCUCACAGUGUACAGACUGCCUUUUUGAAGGCCGCAUAGUUCUCGAAGAGAAAACAGUCAGUAUAAGUGAUGGAGACAUUUGCCGUCUGUGCACGUGCUAUGCAGGAGAAAUGAUGUGCCAGAGUAUACAUGUGGCUUGGGAUUGUCCAAAACUGGAGUGUAAGAAAACUGAAACACCACCUGCAGAUUGCUGUCCAGUAUGUUCAGGUUGCAGUAAUGAAGGACGAAAAUUCAAAGAUGCAGAAGUUGUUUCCUUAGACGAAUGUUCGCACUGUGUUUGCAGUCAAGGAGAGAUUUUGUGCAAAGCUAAAACUGAAAACUGCCCUCCUGCUCUUUGCCGUGAACCAAGAAGGGUUAAAGGAACUGUUGUCCUGUAUGUGACAGAUGUACAAUAUUAUGGCCAAGACUACCCAAGAAGAAGCUCAUUUUUUAUUUCACCUAUUGAUGUUUGUAAGAGAUGUAUUUGUGAUAACGGAAGAGUCUCUUGUACAGCUUUUAGUCAAGAAUGUCCGCCAACAUCCUGCACACAUCCUGGGAGACGCAGAGAUCAGUGUUGUCUCACUUGUGAUUCUUGUCUGUAUCGAGGUAGACCUGUGCGCAAUGGACAAAGGUUCAGUGGCAAUGAGAAUUGCCAGAUAUGCAUCUGCCAGAAUGGUUCAAUUACAUGCACGCAACAAGAAUGUCCACCUGUCAGGUGCAGCAACCCAGUUACAAUGCCAGGUCGCUGCUGUCCUGAGUGUAGUGGAAUCUGUUUUGUAGAAGGCAAAGAAUACAAGAGUGGAGAGUCUUUCACGCAACCUAGACAUGACUGCCAGUCAUGUGUUUGUGAGUAUGGUACUGUCACGUGUGUUCAGACAAAAUGCAAUGAUCUUCCCUGCUCAAACCCUGUACCAGUCAUCGGCCAGUGUUGUCCUGUCUGUCCCAAACAGUGUGUUUACAAUGGACUGAACUAUGAUGAUGGAGGAACAUUUGUGAACCCCAAGAACAAAUGUGAGGAUUGCCUCUGCAGACAGGGGACCGUACAGUGUAAACAGAGAAUGUGCCCUCCUGUUAAUUGUGCAAAUCCAGUCCAGGAAAACUGUUGUCCUGUCUGCAGUGGAUGCACUUUUGGAAUUUUGCUUUUAACAGAAGGAGAAGAGGUUCCUGAUCCGAAUAAUUCCUGUGAAAUCUGUAAAUGUAGGAGAGCAUCAGUGCAGUGUGAUAGGAUUCCUUGUCCUCCAGUUACUUGUGCUAAUCCAGCUCAAGUCAACUGCUGCCCAGUGUGUCAGGAUUGUGAGUACAGAGGCAGACGCUAUGACAAUGGGAUUUUGUUUAUGUUGAUUCAAGGUAACGUGAUGUGCUCUAAGAAAGAGUGUCCUGCCCCCACCUGUACGCAUCCUGCUCAAGGCUCAUGCUGUCUGGAAUGUCACAACUGUCUCUUCUCUGGACAGACAGUUAAAGAAGGGGAUACCAUUCGCAGUCCAACUGAUCCUUGUGAAGACUGUCAGUGCAGACAGGGAAAUAUCAUGUGUUCCAAACAGUGUCCGCAGCAACAGAGUUCAUGCCACCACCCAGUCACGCGAGGCUGUUGUCCAGAGUGUACAGGAUGUAUGUACAAAGGCAAAGAAUAUAGGAACGCAGAAAGGUUUAAUGAUCCUGACUCAAAAUGCAUCGUUUGUGGGUGUACAAAUGGCGAUGUCUUCUGCCAGCAGCGUACAUGUCCAGUAGUCAACUGUCCUAACCCUGUACAAGGUGAAUGCUGCAUGGAAUGUGAUGGCUGUUUCUUUGAAGGAAAAGUACAGAAUAAUGGCCAGCGCUUCCCCCAUCCGUCUAAACAGUGUCAAGAUUGUGAAUGCAGAAAUGGAGAAGUUCGAUGUGGAUCCAUAAAUUGUCGAAUUACAAGAACCUGUUCUCAUCCUGUUUCUGUCCCUGGUGAAUGUUGUCCUGUUUGUGGACAAGACUGCCUCAACGAAGGCCAGGUUGUGAAGAAUGGUGAUCGAUUUAACGUGAAUUGUCAGGUAAAUAAUGCAGAUUGCCUAUGCUUAGGUGGAAAUAUUCGCUGCACACCUCAAAAGUGUCCAACUCUGAGUUGCACCAAUCCAGCAUUGGUAGGAUGUUGCCAGACAUGUAUUGAAUGCUCCAUCAGUGGUGUUAGGUACCAGAAUGGACAGCAGUUUUCCAAUAGUAGAGAUCAGUGUUCCACUUGUAUAUGUGAUAAUGGCAAUGUAAGCUGUUCUAGGUCACAGUGUCAACCAGCAACUUGCCUCAAUCCAGUAACUAAUCAGUGUGGAUGCCCCAUCUGUGCUGAAUGUAGUUAUCAAGGUCAGCAAAUAACCAAUGGACAAAGUUUUCCAAACCUAAGUGAUCCAUGCCAGGAAUGUUUAUGUAAGAAUGGAACAGUGACAUGUGAAAGAAAAGCAUGUGAAGUCAGCUGCUCCCAUCCAGCAGCAACCAUGGGAUGCUGUCCACAUUGUACUGACUGCAUAUAUGAGAAUCAGAUCAGGGUUAAUGGACAGCAUUUUGUUUCACACAGGGACCCUUGCCAGAAAUGUCAGUGUCAGCAAGGGUCUAUCAUUUGUCACACUAUGGAAUGUGAAGCACUCUCCUGCCUCAACCCCAUGAAAAUGGAAGGUGAAUGCUGUCCUUCUUGUCCAGUGUGUGUAUUCCUGGGACAAGUUUUUCAAGAGAGGGAAAAUUUCAGGCACCCACGUGAUCAGUGUCAAAUAUGCUCAUGCAAAAUGGGACGUGUUGAAUGCCAGAGAGAACCGUGUGAUGGCAAAUGCACUCAACCACAGAGUGAACUUUGCUGUCCCAACUGUGGCAAGUGUUCAUAUGAGGAUAAUUUUUAUGAGGAUGGAACCAGCUUUCAGCCAGAUGCAUGCAACUCUUGCCAUUGCAGGAAUGGAAGUGUUCAGUGUGAAGAAACGACCUGUUCAUUGCUAGCAUGUGCUGAUAAAAUACGUGUUGAAGGACAGUGCUGUGAAGUGUGUAAAGGAUGUACUUUUCAUGGAAUAUUGUAUCGAGAGAAUGCAUCAUGGAUGAUGCCAGACAAUCCCUGUGUGUCAUGCACAUGUAAUGGAGGACUCAUUACUUGUAUGCAGACAGACUGUUUUGUGCCAUGUUCAAAUCCAGUUACCUUGCCAGGACAGUGCUGUUCUGUCUGUCCAACUAUGAUGGCCACUUGUAUGCAGACGGUGAAGCUUUCACACCCAAAUGGUGAUCCAUGUGAUCAUUGCCAGUGUGUGGAUGGACACUUGAAAUGUUCUCAUAAAGUGUGUCCUAAUGUGGCUAACUGCCCAGCAGAAAACAUACAACAGCCAACAAAUGGUGACUGCUGUCCUACAUGUGUUGAAAGCUUUUCCUCCAGUUGUAGUCAAGCUGACAUAGGCAAGGUCACCAGGCCAAGACCAAAUGAUCCUUGUUUUUACUGUGAAUGCAAGGAAGAUUUUAUGAUGGUUUGUAUGAAGGAGGACUGCCCACUUCUUGCAUGCCCUCCUGAUGUCCAGAUGUACUCUUCUACUCGGUGUUGUCCAUUAUGUCCAGCUUGCUAUGAUCAGUCUGAGGCUAGAUAUCACCAUGAAGGAUCUAAAUGGUCAUCAAGAAAUAAUCCCUGUAUUAUAUGUGCUUGUGAGGUUGGUAACAUUUUUUGUUGUGAGAUAUGUCAGCAUGUUACAGAUGCUGUUUGCUAUUACCAAACUAAAGCAUAUCAGCCUGGUGAAAGCUGGACAGUUGAUGAUUGUACGUCAUGUCAUUGCCAAGGUGGACGUGUUGCCUGCAGUAUCAGGCAAUGCCCUGCAUUCCAUUGUGAAAUUGAUGAGGUGCCAAUCACAACACCUGGCAAUUGCUGUCCUGUAUGUCAGAAACAGCCUGGCACUUGUCUUGUAUAUGGAGAUCCUCAUUAUAGAACAUUUGAUGGAGCAACUAUUCACUUCCAAGGCACUUGCAGAUAUAUAAUGGCUUCAGACUGUGGUGCAGAUCUUUUCAGUGUAGAAGUGCAACAUGACAACAGAGGAACACCUGGAGAAGUCUCUUGGGCCCAGAAUUUGACCAUCACUGUAGCAGGGACUGUGAUAGAUCUACUUCAGGAUAGAGCUGUUAGGGUGAAUGACCAACUUGUAGUCUUACCGUUUCUAUAUGAGCCUCAUGUCUUGAUAGAAGAGUCUUCCAAUUAUGUACUGCUGUCUACAGACAUUGGAUUAAGAGUUUUUUUGCUAGUAACUAGCUUAUCGUUCUGUUUAUCUUACAUUCAUCUAGGUUCAUUUAAACAACUUUGUGGUCUGUGUGGUAAUUUUAAUGGUUUCCCACAAGAUGAUCUGCGCACCCGAGCUGGCCAGAUGACCAGUUCACCAGCCACAUUUGGCAACAGUUGGAAAGCAAGUAUACAACCUGCAGAAGGCUGUAGAGAGGCUGAAGAUAUUGAUCCAUGUUUAGCUGCAGGCUUCAGGAUUCGCAAACUGGCUACAAGCAAAUGUGCCAUUUUGAAGAGUGAGACUUUUGCUCGGUGUCACAGAACUGUGUCUCCAGAACCUUUCUUCUCUUCCUGUGUGUAUGAUCUCUGCAUCUGCAUGGAUAAUUCUAGCUGCUUAUGUGACAUACUUGAAACGUAUGCUCAUGAAUGUGCUAGAGCUGGAGUCAAAGUUGAAUGGAGGUCUAGAAACCUUUGUGCCUUUGAAUGUGAUGCAAGCAAGGGACUAAUGUUUGAUGAAUGCGGCCCGGUCUGUCCUCGAACAUGUGGAAAUCUGCAAGUGGCUGCUUUGAGAAAUAUUACAGAGACAUGUUUCAAGCCAUGUGUCGCCAGCUGUCAAUGCACAGCAGAUAAAGUUCUGCAUGAAGGUCAAUGUAUCUCUCCACGAGACUGUCCUUUCAUUGAAACAUUACCUAUUCUAUAG